AUGGCAAAUCAUUAUGCUCCUCUCAGGGUUAUUCUUCUACUGUUGUUGGUCUUCCCUUGUUUCGCCUCUGAAGCUGAUAUCCAGUGCUUGAGAUCUGUUCAGCAGUCAGUGAUUGACCCCAACGGUGUACUCAAGUCCUCAUGGAAUUUUGACAACGGCACUGCUGGUUUCACAUGCCGAUUUACCGGCGUGGAAUGUUGGCACCCGGAUGAGGACCGAGUUCUUUCUUUGCGCCUAGGCAACCUCGGUCUCCAGGGUUCAUUUCCUCGCGGUCUUCAGAAUUGUAGCAGUAUGACUGGGCUGGAUCUGUCAAACAACAACUUUUCAGGACCUAUCCCUCAAGACAUCUCCCGAGAAAUACCAUACUUAACAUCAUUGGACCUCUCCUACAAUGGUUUUUCUGGCACCAUCCCACCAAAUAUAUCAAACAUGACUUACCUGAACGUCCUCAAUCUCCAACAUAACCAGUUUAGUGGCGAAAUUCCACCGCAGUUCAGUCUUCUGACUCGGUUAACUGCAUUCAAUGUCGCAGAGAACCGACUAUCAGGGUUUAUUCCAUAUUCAUUAGGAAAAAAUUUCACGGCAUCGAAUUUUGCCGGUAAUCAAGGGCUAUGUGGGGCUCCAUUAGAUGAAUGCCAGGCUUCAGCAAAGAGCAAGAACAAUGCGGCAAUCGUUGGAGCUAUUGUUGGCGUCGUAGUUGUGAUCAUAAUUGUUGCAAUAGUUGUGUUCGUUUGUCUGCGGAAAUUACCAGCCAAGAAAGCAAAAAAGGAUGAGGAUGAAAAUAAGUGGGCAAAGAGUAUCAAAGGAACAAAAACAAUCAAGGUGUCUAUGUUUGAGAAUCCAGUUUCAAAGAUGAAACUAAGUGAUCUUAUGAAGGCCACCAAACAGUUCAGCAAGGAAAACAUCAUAGCUACUGGAAGGACAGGGACUAUGUACAGGGCAGUGCUACCUGAUGGUUCUUUUCUUGCUGUCAAAAGGCUACAAGAUUCACAACAUUCUGAAUCACAGUUCACUUCAGAAAUGAAGACACUUGGCCAAGUAAGGAAUCGCAACUUGGUUCCUCUACUUGGAUUUUGCAUUGCUAAGAAGGAGAAGUUGUUGGUGUACAAGCACACACCCAAAGGAUCACUCUAUGAUCAGUUACAUGAAGAGGGGAAAGAUUGCAAGAUGGAUUGGCCUCUGAGGUUAAGAAUUGGUAUUGGUGCAGCAAAAGGUCUUGCAUAUCUUCACCACACUUGCAAUCCUCGAAUCCUUCACCGCAAUAUAAGCUCCAAAUGCAUCCUCUUGGAUGACGACUAUGAACCAAAGAUUUCAGAUUUUGGGCUUGCUAGGCUUAUGAACCCCCUAGACACCCAUCUCAGUACCUUUGUCAACGGGGAAUUUGGAGAUAUUGGUUAUGUGGCACCAGAGUAUGGGAGCACGCUGGUGGCCACACCGAAGGGUGACGUCUACAGCUUCGGAGUGGUUCUCCUCGAGCUUAUCACCGGUGAGAGGCCUACUCAGGUUUCCACUGCUCCAGAUAACUUCAGGGGGAAUCUAGUAGAGUGGAUCACCUACCUAUCCAACAAUUCCAUUCUCCAAGACUCAAUCGACAAGUCGUUGAUAGGGAAGGACAAUGACAGUGAGCUGAUGCAGUUCCUGAAAGUCGCAUGUUCUUGCACAGUCACCACCGCGAAGGAGAGACCCACCAUGUUUGAGGUUUAUCAGCUGCUUAGAGCCAUUGGGGAGAAGUAUCAUUUCUCGGCCGGGGACGACAUGAUGCUGCCACCUCUAAGCACAGAUGGAGAAACCCCGGACGAGCUCAUUGUCGCCAUGUAA